CCGGGCUCCCAGCAACGGCAUUCGUGCUGGCCCUCGUCGUCUGCUCGCUCGCAACCAGUUAGUUCGUGUUCGAACGUACUAGGAGGUGCACAUCUGUAGUCUGGAGUGUUCCGUCGCCUGUCGUAAUAUACCCGUUCUUGCCGCUGAAAUUGUUUCGUAGUAUAUUUUUUUUGUGUGUGCCACAGAGCCGUCGCCGUGUUGCCUGUGGGCCCGAAGAACGAACCCUUGAGUUACUUUAAGUUGAGUUGAGUUGAGUGCCUGUGCCUGUGCCUGUCCCUCUGCCACAACAAAGAUUCCGGUAAUCCUAAUGCCGAAUCUGGCUAAUCGGUCGGCGGGUUUUGGUGACCGUUUUUUUUGUGACUGUGAACAGAGCCAGUAAUCGCACUGAGCGGUAUUCCGGAGGACACUAAUCGAAUCAGACUGUGAGGAGUCUCCUGCCACAUCGUAGUGUCAGGAGUGGAAGAUUGAUGCUGCAGCCCCACAUCUUCGAGAUACAACUUUAACAGACAGACAGACAGCGAGAAGAGUACUUUGCAACACCUACGAGGAAGAGGAAGUCAAUCAGUGGAAAUGGCUGCCUACACACAAUUCGGAUACGGAGGCUUUCCGUCGGGCUCUCAGCUCCUGCCGCCAAAUGCACAGGCCUCGGAGGACACUUCCCCGAAUGUGAACGAUGCAUCGCUGGUGAUGACAAACGCACCGGCGAUGAGCCCUACGGGAGGUGCGGCGGACUGCCAGACGAACCAGCAGGCCCCGGGCAGUGGCGGUGGCGGUGGCGGUGGUGAUGCCUCAUCGGGUGCCCUCAGUCCCAAUGCUCUUUCGCAGAACUCGAAUGCGGCGGCAGGAUCGGUGGUCGGGGGGGCGGCCGGUGGAGCCGCUGACCUGGCCACCGGGGGCUCCCUGGACGGCAACGGUGUGGGCACGACGCCCACAACGGGAAGCUCAUGCUGCGAGAACGGCCGUCCCAUAAUGACCGAUCCCGUCUCGGGGCAGACCGUCUGCUCCUGCCAGUACGAUUCGGCCCGUCUCGCCCUCUCCAGCUACUCCCGCCUGCCGGCGGCCAGUGUCGGGGUCUACGGCACGCCCUAUCCCUCGACGGAUCAGAACCCCUACCAGAGCAUCGGAGUGGACAGCUCCGCCUUCUAUUCACCGCUGAGCAAUCCGUACGGACUUAAGGAGACGGGAUCUGGCGCGGAGAUGGGAGCCUGGACAUCGGCAGGCCUGCAGCCCACAACGGGAUACUAUUCCUAUGACCCAAUGUCGGCAUAUGGCUAUGGGGCCAGCUAUGAUCUGGCUGCUCGCCGCAAGAAUGCCACCCGCGAGUCGACGGCCACGCUCAAGGCCUGGCUGAACGAGCACAAGAAGAACCCCUAUCCGACCAAGGGUGAGAAGAUUAUGCUGGCCAUUAUCACCAAGAUGACGCUGACCCAGGUCUCCACGUGGUUCGCCAAUGCCCGACGGCGCUUGAAGAAGGAGAACAAGAUGACUUGGGAGCCGAAGAACCGCACCGACGACGACGACGACGCCUUGGUGUCGGACGAUGAGAAGGAUAAGGAGGAUCUGGAGCCCAUCAAGGGAUCCCAGAGCAGCAGUUUGGCCAAAGAUGUGACCAAAGAGGAGGAGGAUGCCAUCGACGAGGAUCAGAAGUGCAUUGGCCAGGCGAACAUACUCCGCGCCGGCUUUGGGUAUCCCUCUGCCGGCCCCGGCCCCGGCCCCUACCAUGGCGGUGCCGGUUCCGGCGGUGGUCAUCCGGCUGGGUACCACCCGUACCACCAGCAUCCUGCCUACUACCAGCCACAGCAGGGCAUGCUGGGCAGCGCCUUUCACGGCGGAGCAGACGGUGGAGGCCUGGCCAACAAGCAGACGGAACACAGUGAUCCAAAAAACCAAUUAGGCCGGGACUGUGGCGUGCCGAUUCCAGCCACCAAGCCCAAAAUCUGGAGCUUGGCCGACACAGUUGGCUGCAAGACCCCGCCGCCGUCGUACAUGGGCCAGGGGCAGGUGCUGGCCCAGGGGAUGCCGCCGCAGCAGCAGCAGCAGCAGCAGCAUAUGCAUCAGCAGUUGCAUCCGCAGGUGCAGCAGCCACAGCAGGAGAACAUGGGCAUGGUUCCCGGGAGUCCGGGGCAAGCGCCGCGAGCCCAUCAGCCGCAAGAGCAACAGACACUGCCGAUGGGGAACCAUCAUCUGUUCAACGGAGCACCCUAUUUACGGCCGCAUACCACGGCCUACGGGGGUUUUCUAGGGGCUACGACGCAGCAGCUCCAUACUACGAACAGUGCCCCGUACAACAGUACGCAGCUGCAGCAGCAGCAGCAGCAGCACAGCCAGCGGAGCAGCAGCACACACAGUUCCAGCGGCACACAUACGCCUACCAUCCAUACUACGGGAAAUUCGAACGGAGCUAUGGGCCUCCUGCCCCAGGCUCCAGCUCCGGCACAGCAGCCGCUUCAGUUCUCGGCCCAUCGUCAGGGACUCCAACACCCGCAUCCGCAUCCGCACUUGCAGCAGCAGCAGCAGCAGCAGCUGCCAUCUCAGUCAACAGUGAAUCCGCGGGCGAUGGGGUUUCUCGAAGCCCAACCCGAUACUCCACCCCAAACUCCGCCGAAUAUGAAAGUGUUGAACGGAGCUUUGAGUCUCCUUCCUACCGCUUCUCAAGCCCCUAUGACCGCUACUUGUCGCAGUAGCAGCAACAGCAACAGCAACAGUAUCGGCAACACCAACAUUAACGCCUUCAACUUCGGCUCCAAUUAUCCGAUGAACUUCUCGGCCCGUCUCGGUGAGUACUCCCCCAGAGAUGAGUACAGCAGCGGGAGCAGCAGCAGCUCCUCCUCGCCGCAGCUGCAGCGAAACGAGGCGGCCAUGUUCAAGCCGCUCUUCAAGAAGUAUACCAACUAAAUACCAACUAAGCUCAACGGGAACCUACAUAUUUACUAUUUGACUAACUGUUUAGACUCCAUGUGCACCAUGCUUCAGAGGUGCUUUACGGUUCUGACAUAGACAGAUAUCCAGAUUACUUAAUAUACAAGUGGCCGACGGGUUCGUGCAAAAAUAUAAUGAAUUGUGUAAUAUUUAAUAUUAAAGCUACAAAUAUCACAUUAGUAUAUAUUUAUCGUAAAAUAAAUAUAUUAUUUUUUUUUUUAUUAAAGUUAUGAAUCGUCUUAAUGCGUAUUUAGAGUAUCGGAUCAAAUGUUUCUCUUCAAACAAUUUUUUUUUUUUUUUCAGCAAUUUAAGCUAAGAAAACAAAAUACUAAAUUAGAACAAAAUAAGGUUAUACAACUGUGAUAAAUUUUUCAUUGUCUAACAGACUUCACACUAAACAAACACUUCGUCUAUAUGAACACAUAUAAUCUAAAUAAUUUUAAAUCGUUCAAUAAAUCUUUAUAAUCAUGAAAAAUAA